CUCAUCACCACACCCGCACCCUGCUCGCUCGCCUUGGUGGGAGAUGGACACGUGCUCGGCCGCUGCUGGCUGGCGCGCCUUCUACCUCGUUGGCCUUGCGGCUCUCUUUGGGCUGCUCCUUCUCGAUCUGACCAAACUCGCUUCUGCUGACGUUGUUGUCCUCUUUGCGCUUCAUCUCCUCCAGCGAGCCAUCGAGACCUGGUGCGUCCACGUCUACUCUCCGCGCAAGCUCUCGCUCUUCCAUCUCGCUGCCGGCGUGGGCUUCUACCUCGCCAUGCCCAUGGCUGUCGCAUCUGCUGCUGUCGCCGCCGCUGGCUCCUCUCGCCUCUCGCUCCCGCCCGCGCCGCCAUUCUCGCCGCCUUUCUCGCUGGCUCGGCUCUUCAAGUCUCUGCCCAUGCUACCCUUGCCCGUGCACGGACACCUGGCUCCGGUCCGCGGCGAGGUCAUUGUCUACUUCGCCAUCGCCGCCGCCGGCCGAUGGCACCAUGCCCUCACGACGGGCGUGCUCUUUGUUGUCAUCAAUCUCGCUGUCACCGCCUCUGCGACCGCCGAGUGGUACGUCGCCAAGUUUGGCCAGGAUGCGAUCGUCGGCAAGGCGCGCCUGAUCCCGGGCGUGUGGUGAAUGCCCCACGCCGACCGACCACGCCGACCGAGCCAUUCUCACGCCAACCGAGCCAUCCCCACG